GGAGCCCCUCCCUCUCCAUCCCCCUCCCCGAUCGGCGUCUGGGCCUCAGCCCCGUCUCUCUGUCUCCUUCUCCUCCCCCUCCGCUUCCCCCGACACCGACACCCCGUUACUCCAGUCUCCCCCGUCUCAGCCGGGGUCUCCAGCCCGGGGUGCCCGAGGGCCACUGAGCACCAUGACUAAGACAGAUCCUACACCGAUGGCCCCGCCGCCUCCCCGGGGCGAGGAGGACGAAGAGGAGGAGGAGGAUGAGGAGCCUGCCCCGGAGGCUCCCAGCCCCACCCAGGAGCGCCGGCAGAAGCCUGUGGUGCACCCCUCCGCACCUGCCCCUCUCCCCAAGGACUACGCCUUCACCUUCUUCGACCCCAAUGACCCUGCGUGCCAGGAGAUUCUGUUCGACCCACAGACCACCAUCCCCGAACUGUUCGCCAUUGUGCGCCAGUGGGUACCCCAAGUCCAACACAAGAUUGAUGUCAUUGGCAAUGAGAUCUUGCGUCGAGGCUGCCACGUGAAUGACCGUGAUGGGCUGACAGACAUGACACUCCUCCACUAUGCGUGCAAAGCGGGUGCCCACGGAGUCGGGGACCCUGCCGCAGCCGUGCGCCUGUCACAGCAGCUGCUGGCGCUGGGCGCCGACGUUACCCUGCGCAGCCGCUGGACCAACAUGAACGCACUUCACUACGCGGCCUAUUUCGACGUGCCGGACCUCGUGCGCGUGCUGCUAAAGGGCGCACGGCCCCGAGUAGUGAACUCCACGUGCAGUGACUUCAACCACGGCUCAGCCUUGCACAUCGCAGCUUCCAACCUGUGCCUGGGAGCUGCCAAAUGCUUGCUGGAGCACGGUGCCAACCCAGCGCUGCGGAACCGAAAGGGACAGGUGCCAGCAGAGGUGGUCCCGGACCCCAUGGACAUGUCUCUGGACAAGGCCGAGGCAGCGCUGGUGGCCAAGGAGCUGCGGACACUGCUGGAAGAGGCCGUGCCACUCUCCUGCGCCCUCCCCAAGGUCACACUCCCCAACUAUGACAACGUCCCCGGCAACCUCAUGCUCAGCGCACUGGGCCUGCGUCUGGGAGACCGCGUGCUGCUGGAUGGCCAGAAGACGGGCACGCUGCGGUUCUGUGGGACCACCGAGUUCGCCAGUGGCCAGUGGGUGGGCGUGGAGCUGGAUGAACCCGAGGGCAAGAACGACGGCAGUGUCGGAGGUGUCCGCUACUUUAUCUGCCCACCCAAGCAGGGUCUCUUUGCUUCUGUGUCCAAGAUCUCCAAGGCAGUGGAUGCACCCCCUUCCUCCGUCACCUCCACUCCCCGGACCCCCCGAAUGGACUUCUCCCGAGUCACUGGCAAAGGACGCAGGGAACACAAAGGCAAGAAGAAGCCCCCGUCAUCCCCAUCCCUGGGCAGCCUGCAGCAGCGCGAUGGGGCCAAGGCUGAGGUCGGAGACCAGGUGCUCGUCGCUGGCCAGAAGCAGGGGGUCGUGCGCUUCUACGGGAAGACAGACUUUGCUCCAGGUUACUGGUAUGGCAUCGAGCUCGACCAGCCCACAGGCAAGCAUGAUGGCUCUGUCUUUGGUGUCCGCUACUUCACCUGCCCGCCACGGCACGGAGUCUUCGCACCAGCAUCUCGGAUUCAAAGAAUUGGUGGAUCUACUGACCCCCCGGGGGACAAUGCUGGAGCCAAAAAAGUGCAUCAGGUCACAAUGACACAGCCCAAACGCACCUUCACCACAGUCCGGACCCCAAAGGACAUCGCCUCAGAGAACUCCAUCUCCAGGUUGCUCUUCUGCUGCUGGUUUCCCUGGAUGCUGAGGGCAGAGAUGCAGUCUUAGGGGCCUGGCCUAGCCCACAAAGAAUCCCAGAACCCCUCUAGUGUCUCCUGACACAAGGCGCUCCCAAGUCACCCUGAGAUAGAUUCCCAGUAACACAUCCAGAAUAGAGACCCCCAUUAGCCAGCCCUCAGCCACUGAGGCCCCAUUAUUAACAUGAUAACCUCCCAAAUACAGACCCCCAAGUUACCCAGAAAGAGAUUCCCUGAGUGUAGAACUUCAGGCUAGUUCCUAUCCUAACCCCUCAGAGCAGAACCCCUAAAAACAGAUUUCUACAUCCUCCCCCUUCCCCAGAUGAUGGUGAUCUUCUCUACAGGAUGCUCCUCCACAGAACAUUCCCGAGUCACUCAUUGUCAAGUUCCCCACACACACACCCAUCAGGACCCCUUGACUAAACAUAGGUCACACCUCCAGGACAACAGUAAGAGACCUCCAUGCCCCUCUCCCGCAUUGAACAUCAGCCCCUCAAGAAUCUGUGACCGCCCCCCCAUGUUCAUCUUAGAGCCCUUCCACUGCAAUCACAGAUUGAUCCCUGCCAUUAACAAAGACCCCUGCUCUUACCUCUCAAGAAGCCCAUAUCAGCCAGCCUACUGUCACCCCCAAUUUAUAGACACCAAAACAGUCCUGGAAGUGCUAAUUACAGGACCCCCAAGUCUUCCUGCCCUCUGAACCCUCAAGAAACCCCCAGUGCCUUGUAUGAUGCCCACCCUACACGGCCCACAGCUGCUGUGCUGGCCAGGUUCCCAGAAAAAUUAUCUAUUUUUUAAUGACUUCCCCCUUUGGGGAACCCCAAAAUUUGGAGGCCCCAUUCUAACACUCCGGGGAUCCUAAGCCCCAAGAGUACAUUUCCCAAACUCCCCUGUGCCAAGGCCUAUAACCCCCUAGAAGACCCCAAGACCCUAACUCCCAGGUUCCUCAAAUCAUGGAUUUGGGAGAGGGGGAAUCCCCAAGGAAUCCCAAAUUUAAAAAUCCAAUCUUCAGCCCCCUGGUAACCCCAGUUAUGGAGGUCCUUGUGCCUGGGAUGAAGGAGACUGCGGCCAGGAUAUACAUCCCAGGCUACCUUGGCACCUCAAGCCCUGUUCAUAGGCACCAGGAGACCCCAAACAGGAACUCAUCCCUGGAAACGAGAGGACUUGAACACCACCUUCAUGGAUCUCAAGACACUCAAAUUCCAAGAGCCCCAGCCCCAAGGGAACCCUAAAUCCUAAAACUCCAUCUCUAAUACUCAAAGGGCCCCAAGGCCUUGAGGGGGUCUCAAAUCCUGGAGCCCUCAUCUUGAUCUGCCUUCUGGUCACAGGUCCCAAACACCAAAUCUGAGGGACUGGCCCACAGGACCUCACAGCACCCGGGCCAGACCAACAGUCUGAGGGAGACCCUUGAAGGCCCAGGGGGGUCCAGGGCGGAUCUGGGGCCCUGACCACCAAGGACAGCUCACAACUGCCCCUUCACUGCAUGUCCCCUCAGCAUGACCCCUGUUCCCUUCAAUAAAGACGUUUCUAUGGUU